CACUUUUGCAGCAUAAUUUUUCUGCGUUUGCAUUCCAUAAGUAACUUUAACUUAAAAUAUCGAACCUUAAUACACUAGCAUACAUAUCAGAAGUUAAAAGUAAAUUUAUUGGGACCAGUGAGAAGAUUCAGCCAUAAACGGAUAGUGUAAUGAAAAUGGAUUUUGUGGAAAAGUUAUAGAGCAAAUACGUUUUUAGUGGGAGAAAGGCUACAGUGACAACGAUAGGUGCAACAAAAACUGAUAACUGUUGCAGUAGCGCUAGUACUUCUACACAGGCGCUAUCAAUAAAACCAUGGCCUACCUUCCGCACAAUGGUGACCUGAUAAAUUUGAACGUUGGUGGACAGCGAUUUUCUACUUCACGUCAAACGCUGACGUGGAUACCAGACACAUUUUUCACGGCACUGCUAAGCGGACGCAUUUCCAGUUUACGCGAUGAAACUGGUGCUAUCUUCAUCGAUCGAGACCCUUCGUUGUUCUCAAUUAUUCUGAACUAUUUGCGAACCAAGGAUAUUGAUAUCAAAAAUUGUGAAAUCCGUGCAUUAAGGCAUGAGUCUGAGUACUAUGGUAUUACCCCACUGGUCAAGCGGUUAGCACUUUGUGAAGACUUGAAUCACUCAUCAUGUGGUGAUGUACUCUUUUAUGGUUACUUGCCAGCACCAAUGAUGCCAUCAAAUGAUUCAGUGCAUAAUGCUGUCGCUUCGAACGGGCCAGCUGUACUUGAGGACCGUUCUUGUGGUGUUUUCGAUGUACCUUCUUAUAGAACUGUGAAUAACUCUGGAACUAACCCAGUAAGUGGGAAUUCUUAUAAUAUACCAACAACAACCGGACCGAUGGAACCUUGCUUACCAUCAACUUCAACUGGUGUCAUGUCCGCUAAUGCUCGGCCUGGUUCAAUGGUUCGUGUUCCAGAAACAGCAUCUACAUCGAGUAGACAUUCAUCAUCGCAUUCACGGAACUCUUCUUGGGAUUUGCGUUGUGGGCGUCCAAAUGUCAGUGUUGGCGGUGACGUGCGAAAUUGGGGCCCUGGCGUUCCAUCGUCUACACAUUCGCGCACCGCAUCUCUUGAUUAUAUGCGUCAUUCUCGAAAUUCAUCUGCCGAUCUCAAUAAGAUAAUACGCAAUGAUGUAGGACUAGUUUUCAGCCCAACAUUGACAUCCAACUGGGUCGAUCCGUUACGUGUUCAAAUAAUCAAGGCCCAUCAAAACUGGAUUGCAGUAGCAUAUGCUCAUUUUGUAACUUGUUAUCGCGUUAAGGACUCAAGUGGAUGGCAACUAGUAUUCACUUCGCCUCAUAUCGACUCGACUAUUGAACGUAUGGCGAUCAACUCAAAGGUCAACACCUCCACAGCUGAACCUACUCCCAGCAAAAUGGUAGCCAUUUCUUACGGCAGCCAAAUUCGCCUUUGGAGCAUACAUGAGGGAGGCAAUAAGACCGAUGUCGGAACGUUUAAUUUGAAUGUACGUGUUGAAUAUUUAUUUUUCAUCGGCAGCCAAUUAGUAGCUUUGUCAUCGUCUGGGAAAAUAGGCGUUUGGCACGCGAUGACACAACACUGGCAAAUUCAAGAUUUGGUACCAGUGCUAUCUUUUGACUCGGCUGGAUCCUUUCUACUUCUUGGUUGUAACAACGGUUCAAUUUAUUAUAUAGAUAUGCAAAAGUUUCCACUUCGCAUGAAGGAUAAUGACUUACUGGUGACUGAGCUGUAUAAGGACCCAACCUUGGACCCGAUUACAGCAAUUUCCGUAUAUCUUACUCCAAAAACCUCCAGUAUAAGCGGCAAUUGGAUAGAGAUAGCGUAUGGAACGAAAUCGGGCGCAGUGCGUAUUAUUGUACAACAUCCCGAGACUGCCGGGCACGGUCCACAUUUGUUUGAAACCUUUACUGUACAUCAAAGUCCAGUAACUAAGGUUACGCUCUCGGAGAAGUAUCUGAUCUCGGUUUGCAGUGAAUAUCAUCACGUACGCACUUGGUCACUAACACGUUUCCGUGGCAUGCUGUCUACACAACCAGGGUCAACACCUGAGGCAUCUUUUAAAAUUGUGUCACUUGAAGCUACCGAUUCGCAUUACAGUUAUGCAGCUGGCAACGAUUUUGGGCCAUAUGGCGAUUAUGAUGAACAGAUAUUUGUGCAAAAAGUCGUACCCGAAACGGAUCAGCUUUACGUGCGUCUAGCUUCAAAUGGGGACCGUGUUUGCAUUAUAAAGUCGGUGGAUAGCUCAACUAUCACGUCCUUCUGUGUGCACGAGUGUGAAGUCUCGUCUCGAAUGGGCUCACGAUUCAUUUUGACAGGGCAUUGCAAUGGUGUCAUUCAAAUGUGGGAUCUUACUACGGCGCUGGCGUUAUUUUCAAAGGGUGAACCACAGCAGAACACCUUCGGCGGACCAGACACACACGAACUCCUCCGGCUACUUGACCAAUGUGAGAUCAGCAAUAGCCUCAGCUCAACGCCUUGUAUGUCACCGUGUCUAUCAGUGGUUGGAGGCAUGGCAAACGCCGCAAUAGCUCGCAUGAAGGCCAGCAAUGUAGCUCUGCUAAAUCAACUCCACAAUCAACACCAACAAAUGCCACUACAACAACAGCCGCAAGCUCAAUCCCAGCAAUCAACUGUCAAUGUGGCUGCGCAACAGCAUCAACCACAACAACAUCAGUUACAACAAAUGCAGCAGCAGCAACAACAACAGCCAGCCACACAAGGCAUUGGUAACAACGCAGAUUGAGAAGAGUGAAACAUAUGUUUAUCAGCUGCUGUGGCCAUUGCUGUUGCGGAGGUGGCGCUGGUUGUGGUUGGACGUGUUUCAUCUUUCUAAUAUUUAGACUAGAAAUAGAGUGUGUUCUCAAAUUGUUAAACAUAAUGCGCUGUUCGAUGAGAUUACUUUGCUUGUUCCGUUACAUCGCAGCAGCAACUGUGGAACAACCUUAGAAAGGUCGCGAUGCACUUUAAAACUGGGGCGUCUUUCCGUGCCUCAAUACUUGUAAACGACUAGAUGUUACUCUUAUGUAUAUUUUGUUAGUGAUUUUUAAAGGUGAUCAUCAUUCGUACAAUAUCCACAUGGGCAAAUGCACUCUACUCGUUUACGAAGCACACGUUUUGCCCGAUUAUAUCGAAAUAUACACAUAUAAUUUUUCUAUUCUUAUUGAAUGAUAACUAAAUUUUUGUAUAUGUUAUUUUCUUACAUAUUGAUAAACAUGUAAGCAUGCUCAUUAUUAUAUACAACAACCAAAAAAUUGGAUAUGAAAUUGUAAACUUUAAAAAGUUUUGAAUAAAAUUUUAGACCGAAGUCAUCUUUUUACAUCGAA